AGCGGGCGCUUCACGGCUCGGUUAUACGCGCGCCUCCAUUUCCAAAGCAAUACGCACAGAGAGAAAGCCUGUGGAUUUUUUUCUCCCCCCAUUUUCUUUUUUCUUUGAAUAAUGUUGCCGAACCUCCACAAGCAGGGAAACUGAGGACAUUUUGAGUUACUGAUAUUUCUGUCGCGCACCUACGGAGACAGACACGUGUCUUCGGGGUACGCAGAAAGGGCUAGGUCGUGCCAGCAGAUUUCAUUGUUUAUUUUCCCCUUUUGUUUGUUACGAAGGAGCCGGUUCAAGCUUGGCGACGAGCUAUACAUUUCAGUUUGUGCGCCUUGGUGAUAAAGACGCAUUUGGAGAUGUCGGAAGUGUUGCCUUUCAACGAAGAAAAUAUGAGUCAUUAUGGAAAUGAGGGCGACGAGGGACACCUUUCCUUCACCUGUCGUCUUCAAGACACCAACAACUUCUUCAGCGGCUCACAGAACAAACGUCCGCCGAAACUCGGGCAAAUAGGCAGGAGCAAACGGGUUGUGAUUGAGGAUGAGAAUGGCGACGACGAAGCGCAGAAAAAUGGAACAGAGAAGACCCCGGCAGAGGCUUAGAGUGCUCGGCACACCCCCCCCCCCC